AUGGUCACCGACUAUACCCUCAUUCAGUCCGAACUGCCUCAAGAUAUCGAAAAGUUAUCAUUCAGAACUGCUCGUCAUACGAGCCGCCGUCUAGCAGUAAGCGCCAUCUCAUGUUUGAUAGGCAUCACAUUAUUCUCGAUUCUGCUGGCUUCAAAGAAGCAUAAGAAGGAACCCAAACGCAAUGUCAUCAUGAUGAUCAGUGAUGGAUUUGGUCCUGCGUCUGAAACUUUUGCAAGACAGUAUUACAGUUGGAAGGAGGACUUGCCCAUGAAGACGGUUUUUCCACUUGACAAGAUUUUGGUGGGCACAAGUCGCACGCAGAGUAGCUCUAGCUUAAUUACCGAUAGUGCAGCAGGAGCAACUGCCUUUUCAUGUGCUAUUAAGACAUACAACGGUGCCAUUGGAGUCAACCCUGAUGAAGUUCCAUGUGGAACAGUUUUGGAAUCUGCAAAGAUACAUCGCAAUAUGAAAACGGGCCUUGUUGUCAAAUCCAGAGUUACACAUGCCACACCGGCUGCAUUUUCUGCUCACGUCGGAUGGCGGGAUUGGGAAAAUCAGAUUGCAGAGCAUCAAGUUGGAUAUACGCCUCUGGGCAGAACAGUGGAUUUGAUGUUUGGUGGUGGUCUGUGCGAGUUUUUAAGUAACACUACUGAAAAGAGUUGUAGACUGGAUGGCCGCGAUUUGCUCCAGGAUGCUAAACGAGACUUUGGAUGGGAUUGGAUCAAGAGUAGACAAGAAUUUGACCAGUUGAAACCCAAAGACGCGCGAUUGCCAUUGAUGGGAUUGUUUGCACCUCAUCACAUGGAUUUUGCUAUUGAUAACGAUCCUUCCGUACAACCCACGCUCCCUGAGAUGACUACAAAAGCACUCGACAUACUCAAAACAUCCACCAAAGGCUCCAAAGAAGGCUUUUUUUUAAUGAUCGAAGCCAGUAGAAUCGAUAUGGCUGGUCAUGUUAAUGACCCUGCAGCUCAAUUAGGAGAGGUAUGGGAGUACCAGCAAACGGUGGACGCUGUCAUGAAGUUUGUCGAAGCCAAUCCUGGCACAGUAUUAAUUGCUACAAGCGACCAUGAAACGGGUGGCUUGACAGUUGGGCGUCAAGUUACUGAGGAGUAUCCUGAAUAUGAAUGGAAGCCCGAAGCUCUUGCCAAAGUGGAGAAUUCGAGUGAAAUUUUGACUUGGCAAUGGAUGCAGGCUAUCUCAGAGGGCAAAGAUACCAGAGAAUUCCUUGUAGAGACCAUUAUUAAGGAUGGCACAGGUGUGCAUGAUCCAACAGAUGCUGAAGUUGAUCGAUUAUGGGCUUGGAAAGAGAAGAAUACCACCUACGACUUCUUUGCCACUGCACUUACUGAUAUUGUCAGCAAAAGAGCCGAAAUUGGGUGGACUACUAUGGGACACACUGCAGUAGAUGUCAAUUUAUAUGCCUAUGGUCAUCAAUCCAAGCUAUUGCGAGGCAAUCAUGAAAAUACAGAUAUCGGUGAUUUCAUUGUAGAUUAUUUGGAAUUGGAUUUGGACGACAUCACCAAGAAAUUGAGUGGGAGUAGUCAAUUCAUGGCUGAUAUCAAUGCUCAAAAAGAGAUGGUAUCUGGAGUGAGUUCCAAGCAUUACAUCCAGUACAAUGAUUAG